AUGGCAUCUCGCUUUCCCUCAGGGCCUGGCGGAAGUCGCUAUCCGCGAGAUCGCUCUCCUCCGAGAUUUGACCGACACGCGUCUGGAGACCCAGGACACGAGAGGAAUGAUGGGUACGCUGCAAGAGGGGAAGGUCCGAAAGAGCCACCACGUGGUCCAAGGGCUCAAACGGGAAGGGGUGGCUUCGCGCCAAGGGCGAGAGCCUUCCGCGAGGAAUCUUUUCCUCGAGGAAGAGGCAGAGGCCAGAGCCGAGAUUGGGAACCUAGGGACCGAUUUGAUGCGCGGGAUCGAAGGGCAUCUCCACCGCCUCGACCUCGGUCAAGAUCGCCCUACAGGGAAUCAAGAGAUCCGCAUGCAAACCCAAGAGGAGGAGGGAUGGACUCAUCUGCUGCCGACGCAUUCCCACUUCGGGGGAGAGGUGGCUUUCGUGGGCGAGGCCGCGGCGAUUGGGACUACAACAGAGCUAAGAGCUACCACCAAGACGAUCGACUGUAUGACCAGAGAAGCCACUCGAGAGAUCGGGCAAGGGACCUGCCGCCGCGCGAUUACAUCUUUGCUCAAAGCAGACGGGACGAGGAUACCCGUCUUGAUAGAGAAAGAGAGAGAGAACCAUUCCGUCCAGACUCGAGAAACUCGUAUAUUGGAUCUCGGUCGACAUCUUCAACUCCUGCACAGCCAAGUGCUCAGGAUUUUGGUCCUGGCCCUCCGGGCAUGAGAGGAGCAUUAGCUGCUUCUAAUCGGGAGAAAAGGCCCACUCUGGAUGAGCGUGCUGAAAAAUCGUUGCUCGCAAAGGAGAUUGAGCGUGCUGACAUAUCACAACGUGGAAAUGACAACGUCUUGCGUAAUUCGCGGGAAAACUCCCCUGUCCCUCCUCCUUCCGUCCCUGCAUUCGGUACUGUCCUUCCACCGACGAUUUUAACAUCCGAUAAAUCUUCCAAACCACCUCGUGAAGAAGGCGAAGUCAACAUACACCCAUCGCGCCGGGCGUUACUUGAGCCUUCCAAAGAGCCACGCUCACCCCCAUCUACGAGCACCUUGAAAGCGCCGACUGCACCUAAAUUACAGCAAAGGCUAGGCCAAGAUGAUGCAGCUCGCCCUGCGUCAUCGAAUAUUGGACCUACGAGCACUCGUUCUAAUGAUGCGCCUCCUGAAUCGAUUCCACAGCCAAACUGGAGUCAACGCUUUCCACAAUCUGGUCCUCUACCAGCUCCCCGUAGCGCCCAUCAAGAGCAACCGUCCGUAAGAAAAGCUCUUGAUGAGGAGGGACGGAAUGGCAACUUAGCCCCACAAUACAAUUCAAGACCGUCGAUCAACGAGCCAAACAUGCAAACAUCACCAAUGAGAAUUCCCACAGGCCCACGCGCAGGACGUGGGGCUCCUCCAUCGAUACGCAAUCCGAUGCAGCCUUCCAUGCGAGGCUCAAUGACGACCCGUGGGCCAACAAUGUUGGGUCGAGGACGGGCGCAGACGACUGCAUGGUCGUGGAGGAACCCGGCGCUGCAACACGUUGCGCCAAAGGGGCCUUCAAUUAUGAAUAAGGUACCCACAAGACGAGACAUAGAAAUCGAAGAGGAAAAGCAGCGAUCCUCGACAUACUCUACGCAAUCUGCAGUUGAGCAGUGGCGUCAGCAAAGCGCGCCCUUUAAUGGAGACGAUGCGAAACCCAGCUUGAGGGGAGGAGCAGAGCAGAAGGAAGAAGACAUAAUCAGUAAAGCUGACUCUCCGUCGCCAGUCAAAGUGCCUCCUGAGGAGUCAACCCACGUCUCUGAAAAUGAAGCUUUCAGCGACGCCGAUGUUGACAUGGAUUUGGAUGAUGCGGACUUUCAAAAAGCUCAAAGAAAUCACGAAAGGGACUUGCGGCGUCUGGAAGCACAAAGACCCCCUCGCCUCGGAGUGACCCUGAGAUCCAGCGCUCUUGCAUCUGCGCUUAAUGAUAUCAAAACGGGAGGGGUUCCGGCGCCUAGCAUCAGGAAACAGCCAAAUAGACUUGAGAGUCAGCCACGCACAAAGCACGAUGAGGAGGAUGACUCGGACGUGAAGAGCGAGCCGGGCAGUAUUGCUCUCGAACCCUGCUCCGUCCCGCCUACACCUCCGUUAGAAUACUUACCCUUCCUACGCGAUUCCCCCUCCACUCCGAUUUCUGAGGCUGAGUGCUUGCAAACGCCUGACGAAGAGGAUACUAUCAGAGACCUAGUGCACCUUAGCCUACGGGAGGAGCGUGAUAACAAAUUAUCUGCAGACGAAGACGCUCGCAACCGUUUCGCAGAAGCUUUCAAGGCUUGGCGACAAGAAAUAGAUCUUAUAGACGCAACUAUCAAAGAAGAGCACGUUCAUGAAGUCUCGACGCCUCCAGAGUUAGCCUUUGAAAGUCCUGCGCCUCAGACUGUUCGGUCACGUCGACUUGUUAGCGAUUAUAGCAUGGAAGCCAUCUUCAAAGAGUCUGUCGAAACGGCUGCCAAAGAAGAGCAAGCACGGCGGGAACGCGAAGAACGUGAUGCCCAGGUUUAUGUCCCUGCAGACACCUACAAUCCAGACCGAGAAGCGACGGUUCCGGCAAUGCUGGACCCAUCAGAGAUGGAACAAGCCUGCUUCCUUGAUUUCAACGAGCUGAUCGAACCACAAGACGUUCUUAAUGAACUUGAGUAUCUGCCAGUGAAGGAUACUUUCUCCAAGAAGGAGCAUAACGAAUUCAUUUAUCAUUAUGUCACAAACCCCAAACGGUUCGGAGACAUCGCCGAAAAAUUGGACGGUAGAACCUACAAGGACUGUGUUCGACACUACUAUGCAACCAAAAAAGGAAAAUAUUACAAAAUACAGGAACAGAAAUUCCUCAAGACGCAACGCGGUAAGAAGUUCCGGGAAGCGAAUGAAAGGGCAGAGCGAACUCGUCCUCGUGGAGGGCUUUUGGCGACAUUCGACGGUGCAGUGGAUAUCGAAGCCCAGAAUGCCGCCUUAACAGAAAGUGGGAGACCACGUCGUGCUGCUGCUCCUACCUUUGGGGAGUCUGCGGAAGGAGAGGCUGUGGUGCCAGCGACGGUCCUCCCAGCCAGACGACUGACAGUAGGAAAAGAUGGCAUCCCAGGAUCACAGAGCACAGAGAGACCGGUGGCUCGACGUGGUAAGACCGGCACUGGUCAGAAACCUGGGCGCAAACCAAAAGCGCAGCAACUUCUCGCGGCAGGUCCUCCUCCUUCAUCACAAACGCCUUCUCCCCUCAAAGAUACUUCACAGGCUGGCAGGCUUCUGACUAAUGAGCCGGCUUCUGAAGCUUACCGAGCUGAUGAGCAAGAAGCGGCCCAGCUUCUAGCGACUUUGCCUACUAGCGUACCUAGUGUGCCAUAUUCCGGGCCUUCUUAUACUGAACAAUGGAUGGCAGGUCAGCAGCCUUUUACCACGGAGUCUACGCCAGUCCAUGAGCUAGCCGUAGGUCGUAAACAAGAACAAAUGCAAGUGCAACCACCACAACCAAAUCAAUCGCAAUCACAACCGCCGUCGCAGCAACAGGCGAAGUCCCAGCAGCCUUCUGGAACGAACAGUUACUGGUCAGUACCUGAAAAGACUGAUUUCCGGAACUAUGUCAAGUAUUUUGGAACCGAUUUUCAAAAGAUUGCUGAGAUGAUGAAGACUAAAACGCAGCAGAUGAUAAAAAAUCACUACCAAAGGGAGACUGAUGCGAAACAGGGCGAAAAUGGUAGGAAGCUACAGGAAGAUGCUAGGACCGCAGACGAAAAAAGGAAUAAAGGUGAAGAUUUGGGCAUGGUACCUACCCCGACUCCAGCAAACACAAAGAGGCGAUACGACUCAAAUUCCUCGCGCGAAAGCCAUAGACCCAUCGCUCCUAUCGAUUCGGUUCCGGUUGAGAACAAUCCCUCGACUGUGCGACGGGCAAAGACGCGGAUGUCUCCUCCCAACAUAUCCUCUGCUGCAACGCGAAUCACAAGUUCUUCCCAGGCCGAGCAAAAAGCUGCAGCUUCAUCUGCGCAAUUACUUCUUUCAGGCCCUCAAAGCCCCCGCGGCGUCAUCCAUAUACAACAACCGAUGCAACAGCCUCUGCAACAACGGCCGCCAAUGACUCAAGCUUCCACCUCUGAACUGGUCCCAGAAGCCAGCAGACUUAGCCAGCAGCCCCGCCACGUCACAGAAGAACAUCGGCCGCAAGAAAUGGAUCAAUCAGAUCAUGACAAGCGGCUUCAUCUAAUGGCUAAGCAACAGCACAUUAUGGAGCAAAGUCAAGCAGAAUAUCAAAUGCGCAAAGAACGCGAGCAUCGUCGACAGCAAGAGACCAUUCAGCGUCAACAACAGGAAGCUCGAGCAGCUGAGUAUAUAGCACACAAUCAAGUACGCCAGCAGGCUCAACAACUAUCGGCCAUAAACAGACAGGAUCCACGCAACAUCAUGGCCGAGAUGAAUGCACCUCGAGUCGAGACAGAUGAACAAAGCCGACGCAUCAUCGAGCAACGGCAAGAGCUUCUACGGCGACCUCAAGAGAACAUCCAUCGUCAAAAUCAGUCGGGAGGGCCGUCCGUUAUGCAUCAAGUCAUAGGUCGAAGCGUCAGUCAUUCUCAGCAGGGUAAAAUGACCCAAUCGCCUGCGCUUUCAAAUUACCCACCUCCUCAAAUCUCGAGGAUUGAUUUAACGCGGCCAAGCUCGGUCCCAGCACCUCAAUCUGGUCCUCCUCCCCAACCAGCUGCCCCGCCUAAGAAGUCGAGUAUUUUCUCUGUUCUAAAUUCCGAGCCCGAGGAACCUAAGAUACCUAAACGACAAUCGGAUGUGUAUGGUGGGACCUCAACUCCAGAGCCGUCAAGCUUCAGCCAGAAGAUACCAGCAGGCUCUCAAAAUCCACACUCCCAAACGUCGCAUCGUAGUCUGCUCAAUGCUCAUUAUCAACAAGAGCUACGCCGCGAGGAGCAGCGUCAGUCUCUCGAGUCCUUUGAGCCUCCGCAGCGGCAUUUAAUUCGACCACAAGCGCCUGAGGGAUCUCGUCCUCAACCCCAGCAAUUUGGUAGGUCAGAGACCCCGUCUCAACUUGCAGCUCAUCACAUUCAAAGCUCCUCUCUUGGGGGAUCAAUGCACCAGCAGCAUCGAUCUGAUCCACUCCUACAGUCAAGAGACCUCAAUGCCAUGGGACGAACUUCACAGCUUUCAUCGCAUGAAAGACUCUCCCAACAGGCAAGAUCAGCAGUCCCACACCAACCCUUUGAAGGGCCGUACAUGACCUCGUCGUCGUCGUCGUCUAGACCCAUCUCGUUACAGGCACAGCGAGAUCGAGGACCAAUCUCCCCACCGGCUCCGCAUUCCCGUACCUCUUCGUAUUCGAGCCUUAACCAAUUGACUCAACAUUCGCAUCGGGUUCCUCCCCCCGAAGUGCGCGCUCCCCCUACACAGCACACGGCACCAGAGCAACGCCUUCGUCCGUCCCCAUGGGCGAACAUCAGCCCAGCUCAGCACCAAGGCUCGCCAGAAGUGCAGAUUGUCGAUCGUCCACGACACUUUUCAAAUCCUCAUGAGCAAUCAGAUUUGCUCCGGCUUGACGAGCUCCAACGAUUACGACGACGUGAGCAAGAGCAGGAGCUCAUGCGUAACCAGAGAGAGGUAUUCGCCCAACGCGAGGAACGGCUGCGGAUGGACAUGGACGGGCGGGGAAGAGCCCCAACGCAGCAGCACUACCGACCCCGCGACGAGCAAAGAUGA